GACGCGGCUGCCGCGGGUGCUGCCGAGUGCGCCGGCGGCGCUGCCGCGGUGGCGCCGCGCGCCGCAGGCGGCGCGUGCACGGGGGAGGCCGCGAUGCUGGAUCUCCAGCUGCAGAGGGCCACGGCCGACUCCGCGGAGCUGAAGGAGCAGGUGGGCGCGCUGAAGAGGACGGUCGCCAAGCUCACCAGGCUGAAGACAGGCGCCGACAGCAGCGACGAG